AUGGACGCGGCGGCCUGGGACGCCUCGCUGGCGCGGCUGCGCAACCCGCACGGCCUCGAGCCUGUUCGGCUUCCGUUCGAGGUCAAGCUGUUCACGCACAUACCCGUGGUGGUUGGUGCCCACAUUUCUAUAGUCAGCGGCCACCCCAUGGAUAUCGCUGCGCGCGUGUACACCGAGGCGACCGCCGACGCGGCCGCGGCAGGCCGGGCGGCGGAGGAGGAGGAGGGCGCUGCUGCGGGGCCUCGGGAGAUGGAGGGGCCCGCGGCGGCGGCGCUGCCGCAGGCAGAGGCGGCGCGCGGGGGGCUGCACCUGGGGGUACUGGUGGAUACAAUGUUUGAGGACUGA